CACGUGUAAGAAAUGCUUGUGGACACCUGCCUUUAGACUGUGGCUUAAAUGUUGAUCUCCUUCGAUUUUAGCAUGGAUUUGAGUCUCUUUGCUAUCUGUGGCCAAUGGAAUCGAUCUUACGUUUUCGAUUAGCCUGAACAAAUUCGCAUCAACGAAAACAUGUUGUGAUGUUAGUAAAUAAUUUGUGGUAGGUGGUGAAAAAAAAUAGUAAUAGCAAAAUAUGGAAGACAAUAAAAAAUGCGCCGACAUUCAGGAUUGCGAAUUCUCUGAGCAAAAAUUCUCAGAAGUGGAGAAUAACCAAGUAAAACGUGAAGCCAAUGAAAUAGAUAACCAUGACAUUAAGAGAUUCAAAAUCGAGCAAGACAUAAAAAUAGGAGAUUUAAAAGCCUAUGCUCAAUCUACAGCGUGUGGUAAUGAUUUUUCAGUGGAUGAGAAAAAAAUUAUUUGGUCGGACGCCGUAUCCAAAAAGAAAAUGCGGAAACUUCUCAAGAUACAGAAGUGGGAGGAAGUAAAAAAGGAGAGGAGGGCACAAGAGAAAGAACGUGCGAAAAGGAGAAGAAUGCUGGCAAGAUUAAAUAAUAUAAGUCUAGGACCAUCACGGAGCUUUCUGAAGAAAUGUACAAUGGCAAAUAGUAAAUGCAAAGUCCGUGUUGUCAUAGACCUGUCGUUUGAUGAUCUGAUGUCCGAUUCGAUCAUUGACACUAUCCACCACGAGGGGAAUGGGCUGGCCGUGGGUGCUUAUAGACCCAGUCCCAUCGCCAGCCUUUGUGCUGAGGCUGUGGGGAACCACCACUCACGAUCUGGCAACAGCUGCUCAUGUUGCGUCAGCCAUGAUAUGAGCAAAUGUGUUAAACAAAUGCUGCAUUGCUACAGUUUAAACAGGAGAGCAGAAAAUCCUAUGCAACUGUACUUCACAAAUUUUAAUGGAAAAGUGGCGCAGGAAAUGGAAAAACACGAUGGCUAUAGAAACUGGGAUAUCUAUUUUCACAGUGACAGUUACACUGAAAUCUUUAAUAAGAGUGAACUAGUAUACCUUACAAGUGAAUCUGAUAACAUAAUUACUGAAUUGGAGGAUGAUAAAGUGUACAUAAUUGGUGGAUUGGUGGACCACAAUGCUCACAAGGGCGUGUGUUACAGAGUGGCUGUGGACCAAAAUAUUAGCCAUGGACAACUUCCUAUUGAAGAGUUCUUGGAAAUGAAGACAAGGAAAGUACUGACAGUCGAUCACGUUUUUGAGAUUCUGCUAGGUGUUAGUAGUGGCAUGAGUUGGAAAGAAGCAUUUUUGAAAGUAUUACCUCCAAGAAAAGGUGCUAAAGAGAAAGAUAUUAAUGAGAUUAACGAUAUUCUCACAGAACCUGACAAAAAUGUUAAAACUGAAGAAGAAAAACAAACUGAUGUGAAAAUACCUAUGGCCACAGAACCUGACAAAAAUAUUAAAACUGAAGGAGAAAACGAAACUGAUGUGAAAAUACCACAUAAAACUGAAACUGUGGUCACAGAAGCUGACAAGAAUGUUAAAACUGAAGGAGAAAACCACACUGAUGUGAAAAUACCUCUUAAAAUUGAAACUCAUGGAGAAGACCAAGAAGAUGUGAGAAAAACUGACACAAAUUUUGAAAUAGAUGGAGAAAAACAAACAGAUUUGAAAAGACCUUGUGAAAAUGUUGAAAUGUAUGGAGAAGAUAAACAGAUGGGGAAAAAAACUGACAAAAAUCUUGAAACAGAUGGAGAAAAGCAAGCAAAAGCAAAGUCUGACAGUGUUACUGUAGAAUAAAAUGUAUGAUCAGAUAAAAAUCGGUGCAUCCAUUUCCUUUAUUGGAGAAGUAACUAAAAUGUGAACUGCAGAAGAAUUUAUGUACUACUUUGUUUACAUUAUGUUAUUAGAAAUUUUCACCUAAUUUGAGCAUAUUGGCUGUGGAAUUUUGAAACAAUCAUAAUCUCUUAUGAUUUAGUGUUGCAAACAAAAGUGUUGGAUCAUAAUGGAUGAACUACUACAAUGUAUCAGAAUGUAAUGGAUGAACCACUUGUUCACAGUGAGCAAAGAAACUAAGAAAAAUAAGAAAUGUGAUGCUUUAUAAGUGUGUGGAAAAAUCUAGACUGCAAUAUGACUGUUGUAAUAGAGAUGGAUCAAUGCUAACCAAUUAGGACAGACACAGUCCUUCCUCAAAGCUAAAACCACACACACACACACACACACACACACACACACACACACACACACACACACAG